AUGCUCAAGCCGUGUCGAGAAGAUCAUGGAGCACGACGAGAAGGCCAACUGUCUUGGUCAGUUCUUGGAAUACUUCCAAUGUCUAGAUCACUGCGCGGCCAACAAGAUCUUUUCACAACUAAAGUGAGAGAGAGAGUCAUGAUGCUGAGCAUACACUCCGACGAACGAUUGAACAUAUAUAUCUCACAACAACAACAACCAACAACAAUAACACGAAUG